AUGAGUCGACGCGACUUCUUGUCGAUGCCGGCGCCCGAGAAUUAUGUGGCUGGAUUGGGUAGAGGAGCUACGGGCUUUACAACCCGAAGCGAUCUCGGUCCAGCUCGUGAGGGUCCGUCCGAGGAGCAGAUGAAGGAGAUGCUAGCAAAGCGCGCCGCAUCGCUAGGCCAAGCCGCCCCAUCUGCGUAUGGUGUUACCGAAAAGAAGGAGGAAGAGAGGGAUGAAGAUGAAGACCGGUUUCAGGACCCCGACAACGAAGUUGGCCUCUUCUCAAGUGGUAUGAACUACGACAAAGAGGAUGACGAGGCAGAUCGCAUAUACCAAGAAGUUGAUGAGAAAAUGGACAAACGUCGCAGAGCCAGAAGGGAAGCCCGAGAACAGAAAGAACGCGAAGAAUACGAACGAAACAACCCCAAGAUCCAACUCCAAUUCGCCGAUCUGAAACGUGCCCUUGGUGGCGUAUCUGAAGAAGAAUGGGCAGCAUUGCCUGAGGUCGGAGAUAUGACGGGUAAAGCCAAGCGUGCGCGUGAAGCCCGCAUGGCCAACGCCAGAUCCUAUGCAGUCCCAGACAGCGUUCUGGCUGCCGCAUCCAAGAGUGGCGAGCUCGAUACAUCGAUAUCCACGGGAGACGCCGAUGGCAUGACCACCAAUCUCGCAAGUAUUGGUGCAGCCCAACUUUCCGCCCUCACAGUACGACUCGACUCAGCAGCCAGUGCACCCGGUGCCCAGACAUCGACAGCCUCUGGUACGGCAACAUCGGUAGACCCCAAGGGAUACAUGACUGCCCUAAGUAAGAAGGAGGCCAUGGGUGAAGAGGUUCCGGUAGAGGAUAUCAAUCGGGCGCGUGUACUUCUAGAGUCUGCCGUCAAGACCAACGUACACAACGGUCCUGGAUAUGUUGCGCUAGCAAGAUUGGAAGAGGUGGCGGGAAAGAUUCAUACUGCUAAGAAGGUCAUCGCCCGAGGUUGUGAGCUGUGCCCUCGAUCUGUCGUAGUCUGGGAGGAAGCGAUUCGGUUGAACCGCGACAACCUCCACAACGCAAAGGUCAUCGCAGCAAAUGGUAUCAAGCAAAAUACAAAGGCCGUUAAGCUGUGGCAAGCAGCGAUCGACCUGGAACAGACUCCUGCGGCGCGAAAAAAGGUUACUCGACAAGCUCUGGAUCACAACCCUCAGAGUGUAGAACUGUGGAAAACGCUGAUCAACGAUACGGAGGAGCUUGACGCUGUUCGACUUCUAUUCGCCAAAGCAACCGAAACUGUUCCGCUAUCUGAAGAGUUGUGGAUCUCAUAUGCGCGCGUCUCGGAACCAGAAGCUGCACAGCAGAUUCUCAACAAAGCCCGCAAAGCCAUUCCCACCAGUUGGGCCAUUUGGAUCCAUGCUUGCCGACUUCAAGAAGAGCUUGGAAAGGUGGAAAUGCUAGACACGAUCAUGACUCGAGCUGUGAAGUCGCUCAUCAAGGAAAAUGCAAUGAUCAAGCGAGAGGAGUGGAUCACGCAGGCGGAAAUCUGCGAAGAGCAAGGCGACAAGGGAACAGCAACUGCCAUUAUCAAGGCGACUGUUGGAUGGGGCCUUGACGAAGACGAUGAACGCCGAGACGUCUGGCUGGAGGAUGCCAGAAGCGUCUUGAACCGGAACAAGCCAGAGACGGCCAGGGCUAUUCUAGGAUUUGCCGUUGCCGUAUUCCCCUACAGUACGACCAUUUGGCAUGCAUUCGCCGACCUCGAGAAGCAUCAUGGUAACAUGGACUCACUCCUUAGCGUUCUUGAACGGGCAGUCAAUGCCUGUCCUACAUCAGAAUCGCUUUGGCUGCUUUAUGCUCGAGAGAUGUGGCAAUCGGGUGACCCUGAAGGAGCUCGCAAGGUACUGGGCCGAAGUUUCGAGGCGCUCCCAGGUAAUGAGAUGCUCUACACACGUGCGGUUGACUUUGAGGUGGAUGCUGGCAACUACGAACAAGCUCGUAGCUUCCUCCAAGUAGCGCGUGAAUCUGCAGCUACAGACCGCAUCUACAUGAAGUCCGCAGUUCUUGAACGACAACUCGGAAACUUCGAAAUGGCCAUUGAUAUCUGCAACCAGGGACUGCAAAACUGGCCUGGAAGCUGGAAGCUCCAUGCAAUCAAGGGCCAAGUCUACGAACAGCUCUCCAAACUCCCCGAAGCCCACGAAGCCUUCAACAUCGGCACCCGCGCCGCCCCCAAAGCCCCUGUCCUCUUCAUCCUCCUCUCCCGCCUCCAAGUCAAACAAGGCGCCAUCGUCAAAGCCCGCUCAACCCUUGACCGUGGCCGGCAGCAAAACCCAAAAUCCGAGCACAUCCUCCUCGAACAAGUGCGCCUCGAGCGCCGCCAAAACAACAUCAGCGCAGCCCAGCAACUCAUGGCCUCGGCUCUCCAACAAUGCCCCAAAUCCGGUCUCCUCUGGGCCGAAAAAAUCAUGCACCUCGAAUCCCGCACCCAACGCAAACCCCGUGCCCUUGAAGCUAUCAAGAAAGUGGAGAAAGACGCCUUACUUUUCUGUGUCGUCGGCCGCAUCUUUUGGGCCGAACGUCGUCUCGAUAAAGCGGCGACGUGGUUCGUCAAAGCCGUUACUCACGACAGCGAUUUCGGAGAUGCGUGGGUGUGGUAUUACAAGUUUCUGCUCCAGCAUGGGACGGAGGAGAAGCUGCAGGAUACCCUUGCGAAAGCGGCCCUGGCGGAACCGCGGCAUGGCGAGAUUUGGCAGAGUGUUGCGAAGGAUCCGAAAAAUGCGCGGAAGAGUGUUGAGGAGAUUUUGAAGUUGGCGGCGGAGGUGGCGGAGUAA